AACAUCGGAAUUCAAGACAAAAUAUAAACGUCAUGUAGUUAUAAUAUAUGUAGGUAAUAAGUAAAAGCAAAUCCCUUCAAUUAUAAAUAUGAGUAUAGAAAUAAUCGGGAAAAAUAAGACAUGGUUAUUCGUCAUUUUGUCGAUGAAUAAUAAUUGAAAAUAGAAUUAACGAGUGCACGCACGUGUUUUGGAUCGAACAGCAACAGAAGUCGUCGUUUCACCAGCACUCCGCACGCCCGUGGAGGGGCAGGCAGUGACGGCUCGGCCACGUCGCCCAUUGUGCUCAGACCGUGUCACGUAUACCUAGCAAAGCCGUACCUUAAACUGCUCUCGCGUUAUGCUCAACUUGUAGUAGGGGCAAUACGGCCGUCCCGCUGCAGUUUAAAUACGUCCAGGAGGUUCUGGGCGCACUUCAAUCUGUCCCGAUAACCGUUUACGUCUGAACCAUACCAUUCUCGACAUGUGCGGAAUAUUCGCUUACCUAAAUCAUCUGACACCGAAGUCCAGGGAAGAGAUCAUUGUUCUAUUGGUGAAUGGACUCAAACGACUUGAAUACAGGGGUUACGAUUCGGCUGGUAUUGCAUUCGAUGGGCCCGACGGUAAAGACAUUACGAUCGUGAAGAAAGAAGGAAAAGUGGUUGCCCUUGAAGAUGAAUUGUUUGCUUUAAAAGAUCAAUUGGACUUUGAAGAAAUUCAAAAAAGCCAUGUGGGCAUUGCUCACACACGUUGGGCCACUCAUGGAGUACCAAGUUGCGUUAAUUCGCAUCCCCAACGAUCCGACAAGGAACAGGUAUUUUGCGUGGUCCAUAACGGUAUCGUGACUAACUACAAAGAAGUAAAAGCACUGUUGGAACGAAAAGGGUACGUGUUCGAAUCUGAAACUGACACCGAAGCCAUAGUGAAACUGGUGCACCAUAUUUAUACACAGCAUCCCACGUUACAAUUUAGAGAAUUAAUUGAACAAGCUAUACAGCAAUUGGAGGGUGCGUUUGCCCUUUGCUUCAAGAGUAAGUUAUUCCCAGAUGAAUGUGUUGCCACUAGAAGGGGUAGUCCAUUGUUGGUGGGUAUCAAGUCUGAGACAAGGUUGGCUACUGAUCAUAUUCCUAUUUUGUAUAACAAAGAUACGAAAGACGGAGAGUCUCUCUCACUAACAGAACACACUAGGUUUAUACGCGGUGACAAAAUGUCCAUUCCACUUCCAAUGGGCCGUCAGGAAAGCACAUCUGAAUUCCAUCCACUGGGCGAUAAAGAAGAAGUAGAGUACUUUUUUGCAUCAGACGCUAGUGCCAUCAUCGAACACACUAAUCAAGUUAUUUACUUAGAGGACGACGACGUAGCUGCUGUAAAAGAAGGGCGAUUGACCAUUCAUAGAAUGCGUAUGUCUACUGAUGAUCCUCAUGCUCGGGAGAUCACCACGCUCAAAAUGGAAAUCCAGCAGAUUAUGAAAGGAAACUUUAGUUCUUUCAUGCAAAAGGAAAUUUUCGAACAACCUGAAUCUGUCGUAAAUACUAUGCGAGGUCGUGUGAACUUUGAGAAUCAGACGGUCGUCCUUGGUGGUAUUAAGGAUUAUAUUCCGGAGAUAAAACGGUGUCGUCGUUUAAUGAUGAUUGGAUGUGGUACAAGCUACCACAGCGCAGUGGCCACGCGUCAGUUGUUGGAAGAGCUUACAGAAUUGCCGGUUAUAGUAGAAUUAGCUUCAGAUUUUUUGGAUCGAAACACUCCAGUAUUCAGAGACGACGUUUGCUUCUUUUUAUCUCAGUCAGGAGAAACGGCUGAUUCUCUAUUGGCACUGAGGUAUUGCAAACAACGCGGAGCUUUAAUUGUGGGAGUAACUAACACGGUAGGCAGUUCUAUCAGUCGUGAAUCUCAUUGCGGUAUUCAUAUUAAUGCCGGACCCGAAAUUGGUGUGGCUUCUACAAAAGCUUAUACUUCACAGUUCAUAUCAUUAGUCAUGUUUGGUUUGGUGAUGUCAGAAGAUCGCAUAUCCAUGCAACCUAGGAGAAAUGAGAUUAUUAGGGGCCUAGAAAAUAUUACUGAACAAAUUAGAGAGGUAUUGGCUACUGACAAUAAAGUAAUGAAAUUAGCCGAAUCACUUUAUCAAAAGAAAUCUUUGUUAGUGAUGGGAAGAGGAUAUCAUUAUGCUACUUGUUUAGAAGGAGCUUUGAAAAUCAAAGAACUCACCUACUUACACAGUGAAGGUAUUUUAGCUGGUGAAUUGAAACACGGUCCUUUAGCUCUCAUCGAUAAACAAAUGCCAAUCAUAAUGAUUAUGACAAGAGAUCCUGUGUAUAAGAAAUGUAUAAACGCUUUGCAACAAGUAACGGCUCGCGAAGGUCGUCCAAUUGUAAUAUGCGAGAAAGAUGACGUGGAAAUUAAAAAUUUGGCUUGGCAAACUAUUGAUGUGCCACACACAGUUGAUUGUUUACAGGGAUUAUUGACUGUCAUACCAAUGCAAUUGUUAUCUUAUCACAUUGCUGUCAUGCGAGGAUGUAACGUUGACUGUCCCAGGAAUUUGGCUAAGUCUGUGACUGUUGAAUAAAGUUAUUGUUGCCUUUGAGUUUUUAUUUUUCUUAUUUUCAAUUUUCGUUGUAGUUAACAAAAAUUAAUUUUUGGUAUAUUGUUUUAUUACUUUUGUUUUAUUUUUUUUAUAUAUUUUUUAUAUCGUAAUAAUACUGAAAUUAAGGUUUAACAUGUGCUUAUGUUACUAUUAUAAUGUGAUUAUACUUUCAUUCGAUCAAAUUACUACAUUUUUGUAGUUAAAUUCUCUUUUAUUGAGAAAUAUUUUUUUCAUAUAUUUUUUUGUGCAAUUUUAUAUAUAACAGAAACAUAGUUUUUUAUUAUUGUAUUAU